AUGAUAGUAUUAAUGAAAGGCUGGGGCUUCCUAAGGAAGUACAUUUUGACGCUGCAACGCUUUGACCUCUUCCUCCAGGGGGCACUGUUGAUCGUGAUCUUCUUGGAGAGUAAUGUCUACCUGCUUCUGCGCAGGAACGAUGCGAGCGGUUUCAUGCCUACUGUAAAUGAAGAAUGGGUAAAAAUCGGUGUUGGUUGCGCGGAAUUCCUCCUAGGCGCGCUUGUGGCUUGGCAGGGAAAAGCCUGGAGGAAUUUCACCCUGUCCUUCUGGCUUGGAGCAACGGCUGUGUGUGGACUGAUUGUUCUGGCCUUCCCCUUCCCUGAAGCGAAGCGGCCUGAAGUCGACCUCUGCGGCGGCUCCACCAUCUCCGUGUAUUCCGAAGUCGAGGAUCCCCACCGCACCCCCCGGGGCGUGUUCCUGGUGAUCACGGCAGUGAUGUGCGCGCUCACCAGGAUCAGCGUGUGGGCGCACGGCAUUACCUACCUGGAUGAUCACCAGCCGGAGAAUGGACCGUAUUUUUAUGGUAUCCUAAUCUCCAUCCGUCUAUCAGUCGGCAUGAGCAGUUCCAACUGGCUCCGCGCAGCAUCCAUCAGGGAUGACUGGUGGGAGAUACAUCUCUCGCUAGCGAUGCUGACGCUCAUGUUCUCUAUAUUGUUCACAUUGUUCCCACGGCAAAUGCCCGAUUAUAAGGAAGUCGAUACGCUGGAAAGGACCUGUAUUUUAGAACCCUUAGGGCGAGUAUUCCGCAAUAAGUCGCUGAUGUUGCAAGCCGUGGCACUUUCGUUCCUCAGUGCAGCGAUAUUUGGAUACAAUUCAUUUGAGACGUAUCUAUUACAGGCUAAAUUCCAAGUGGAAACUAUACAUGAGGACCUGAGAACUUCACGCGUCAUCACCGACAUCUUCAGAUCUUUAGUUAUUAUUUUCUUUGUAACGAUAUUCCGCACACGCUUUUCCGCGCGCCGGAGCGACGGCGUCAAGGCCACCACGGCGUCCAGAGUGGGUGGCGUGGUCACAAUAUUCGUGGCGGUUGUGUUUGCUGUGCUAGCGGGGUUGGGUUGUACCACUGAUGCCAUAGAGGGGAUGGGUGUAGGGAGGGGGGCGUAUACGCAGCCAGCGUGUAGCCAGGAAUGCGGAUGCGGUGAAACAACGUAUGGUUUCGCGCCAGUAUGUACCCUGGACACCAUGACGACAUACCUGUCACCGUGCCACGCUGGCUGCCAGGAGUAUGAGGAUCUUAAUGGCUUGUUGUUGCUUCACAAUUGCACAUGUGGUGUGGGCACGCAGCGGGCGGUGCGAGGCAGCUGCUCUCUACCGUCAUGCGCAAUUAUUUAUAACAUCUAUCUCGUGUUCUUCACGCUUAUGCUGGCGAUUGGAGCGUCGGGUCUCCUAAUGCAAAGCAUGUCAGUCCUCCGUGCCACCCGACGGAUUGACAAGCCACUCGCCAUUGGAGUGACGUCAGCUUUCCUGGGCCUCAUAGCGAACGCGCUGGGACACUUCUUGUAUAUGGUUAUUAAUUAUCUAACAUGUGCAUACGAAGUGAACAACGUGUGCAUUAUCCACAAGGACAGCGUACUAGCGAUGCCGGCGGUCAGCUCCGUGCUGUGUCUUCUGUCUGCGGCACACAGCCUGGCUGCCAGUCGCAAGAGCCAGGGGAAAGCUGUUGUUAGUAGCUGACGAUUUGAAUAGGGUUAUUUUAAGCUGGCGUGACUUUAAAUUGGGUUAUUUUAAAUCGGGGAUUACUUGGGGCACAUUCAUACGUACAUACGCAUAUAUAGGUACACAGCAUUUAAUUGAUCAUUUCUAAGUAAUCUAAUCUUACGAAUGUUCGACGUUUUGUUCGGAAUAAUGCUCACGUUUAUCGGUACCAUUUUGUUGUAGUGCACUCACGAUUGAUUUAAAUGAAACCUACGGCAUGUGAUACUUGCUACGCGUUGGCUUUUCUGUAAAAUAUCAUUAAAGGAAUAGACCUUAAGAAUACAGUUCUGCAUGUACGCAAGAUAUGUAUCUGCGUAAACACAAAAUUUUACGGAUUUUUUUAUGCUAUUUAUAAUUGUUGGGACUCGGAGGUGUAUAGUGUAUACUGUGAACUACUAUGAAUUACUUACACGUUGUGUAAGGGCUGAUUUUUCAAUCCUUGGUUAAAACU